UACUUUUCAUUGAAAGUAGUUGGCAACACUGCACCCGAGUCCGAGUUGCUUUCACAUUCACGCGAAUCGCGCUACAGUUCCACUGCAACCGAGCUCAGACCACCUCCUACAGGUAGUCUCGGGUUCGGUACCGCGGUGCGCUCCCCGGUCCGCAUGACAGCUUUCACAUUACCAAUUUUUAAUGCGAACCGUGCUCUGUUUCGAACUAAACUGCCAGUGUGAAAGCACGCUUAAUAGUGAAGCGGAGCGCUACUCCCGGAUGUAGCGGCGGUCUGCCUCCUCUCCUUUGAUCCUCUUAUCACCGGACAAGCGACCGAGAUGGAUGUUGUCAACCAGUUGGUCGCCAUUGGGCAGUUCACAAUCAUCAAACAGCCGUUAGGAUUCAUUAAAGUCUUACAGUGGUUCUUUGCCAUCUUUGCGUUCUCCACCUGUGGCGGUUACUCUGGAGUGUUUCGUCUGAGUGUGGAGUGUAAGAACCGCUCAGAGAGUGACCUGAACAUCGAGGUUGAGUUCGGCUAUCCGUUCAGACUGCACCAGGUGUGGUUUGAUGUUCCUACAUGUAAAGGGCCAGAGCCAGAGCGUCUGUUUCUUGUGGGAGACAACUCUUCUUCCGCUGAGUUCUUUGUCACCAUCGGUGUCUUUUCCUUCCUUUACUCAAUGGCAGCCCUCUCUGUGUACAUCUUUCUCCUGGAGAAAUACCACGAGGGAAACAAAGGCGCUCAGGCUGAUUUUGUGGUGACCGCUAUCUUUACCUUUAUGUGGUUGGUGAGUUCAGCAGCGUGGGCCAAAGGUCUCUCAGAUGUAAAGAGGGCAACCGACCCUGAUGAAGUCAUCAACCUCAUUGAUGCGUGUGAUCGUGAGGAGAAUCGCUGCAAAGAAAUCCACGAGCCUGUAGUGUCUGGCCUUAACACAUCUGUGGCGUUUGGAUUCUGUAAUAUGGUGCUGUGGGCAGGGAACCUGUGGUUUGUCUUCAAGGAAACAGGUUGGCUUGCAGCCUUUGCUGGCACUUAUGCGCCCUCUGGAGAAAAGCAGCCAGCACCAGACUCCAUCGGCCAAGGCUAUGGGCAGGAAGGUUAUGGACAGGACCCAUAUGCCAGCUCCCAGGGUGGGUACCAGCCCGACUAUGGCCAACAGGGGGGUGGAUAUGAAGGUGGAGGCUACAACCAAGGAGUGUAUGGUCAGGGCGAACCCACCUCCUUCUCCAAUGAGAUGUGAGCACAGCCACAGUAGCUGAAACUCUGCACUGAUUACAGCAAGUUGACAUUCAUGUGAUCAGCCAGUGUGGAAACUACAGUUUUAGCUAUGUUUCCACUUUCUUCAAAAACAUUUUUUAAAGGGAAGGGGGUCACAUACAAUCUUUAACUGAGGGUACAUGCAUUGGGCCCAGGAGGAAGUGUGCGCCUAAUUUUAAUAUGAUGCCUAUUCUUACUUUAAAUCCACUGGGGUAUUACCCAUCCUGUUAUAAGUAACCACUUGAACAUGCAACCAAAAACUUUAUUGAAAAGUAUUAUGUAUAUGUUAUGUACGGGGAACAGUUUAAAUGAAUUAAUAUAAUUGAAUCAGUGUUUGUCUGCGUGGUGUAAAUAUAAAAUAUAUUUAAAUAGAUAUACUGUGCUGUGAAUUGAACUUAAUGUUUAUUUUUAUUUUUUGUUAUUUAAUUUGUAGUCCCCACAUUUGUUCACUUACUUUUAAUUUAUUGUAGUGGUGUUUUUCCCCAUAUUACCAAUCCAUCAUCAUCGUUCAACCCACAGUAAGAGCUAACCUUAAAACUCCUACUGAAAGUGUGAUAUUUUUCCUUAUUUAUUUGUGUAAAACAUUCUUCGAAGGUUUGUAAGAACACAAAUUAGAUUUUGAGUUGUGUGCCAGUAACUGCUACAAGAAAGUAUUAACAAAAGUCAGUAGUUUGAUAUCAGAUUGGAAACAAUUGGGAUAAGGGAGAGAAAUUGAGUGAACAUUCAAACAUUACCCAAGACGACAUGGAUCUAUUUGGCCCCUGUUCUUCAUAAUGUACACAAAUUAUGCUGAAGAUUUAUGUUCUUUAGUGUUUUGGUUAUAUAUCCAAACCUUUAUGAAUAUAACAUAAUUUCAAAUGUGCAGAUAUGUGAUGAUGAUAUUAAAAGCUACAUUGGAAAGUGAACACUUUUGAAGUCUGGCAUGAGCACUUCAGUACUUGAUCAUCGGUUUAUCUAGUUCUGUGUAACACUGCUGAGUUGUGAAUGAACUAUUUGUAUCCUUCCUGAAAAUUCAUUUCCAUGUGUUUUGGCUUUUUGUUGAUACUGAAAUGUGUUUUUUAUGCUGAAUUUCACAUGAAGGUUCUUUCUCUCCCUCACUAUAUUGUCUGAUAAUGCAAAUAAAAUUAUGUUAGAGAAUGGUGUGGUGAUUACAUUUAUAACCAUG